AUGAGCCGAGCCCAGACCCGAACGAAUCCGUGUAACAUCUGCAGGUUAAGGCAUCUAAAAUGUGAUUCAAACAAGUCAACCUGUUCCAACUGUCGGAAGUCUGGAGUCGAAUGUACUCGUGGCUACAGUGUCCGGUUCAGACAUACCUUGAACCCAAGUAUUCAACCAGACAUAGGAACAGGAGCCGCCCGCAGCGAGUACAGCUUUGCCAACAGCCAGACCUGGGUCCGGACCACGAAUCGAUCUUUCAGCUUUGUCGACGAGACAGAAGAUGUCAUCAACAUCCACGCCUCUGGCCCCGGGCAACUCGUCGAAGAAGGCUAUACCAACGCCUAUCUAGGGACUCCAGUACAGCACGAAAGCCCGCCAGACUAUCUUGCUCUGCUCUCUGCCGCUUCUUCCCCGAUUCCAGAGUUGACGGCCCGGCGCCCGGCCCUUAGAUCCUGCGCGUCACACAACGCACUCUCGAGCCAUAACAACAGCAGACGGCAUCAAAGACACACACGAAGUCGACGGGACGCGAACAGUACAAUCCAAGAAGCUGUACAACGCGUAGCAGGAGUACACAGCCACGAUGGAACACCCGACUCAAGCGCUCAUAGUGGCGCCUCAGUCCCGUGGGAACACCUAAGCCUAGGAGCAGAAAUCGCCCUUGAUUUCCCCCAUAUUCCAUUCGCCUUCGAACCCAUAGACCCACAACUUGAAGAUACAUUUGCCCCUGAUGAUCGGACUUACGUUGAGACCCCUCUCUGGCCCCUACGAGACCGACAAGAGGCAUUCCUCUACAAGUACUUCGUGGAAAGUCUUGCCCCGCUGUUCGACAUGUGCGAUAGCGACAAGCACUUUGCCAAAGUUGUUCCGAAGAGGGCGGUCUACUGUCCCACAUUACUGAACGCGAUGUUCGCUGCAUCUGCAAAGCGGCUGAGCAGGACAAUGGGCGUUGAUGGAGUCAUUGCAGAUCGGUACCACCAAAGAUGCCUCCGAUCGCUCAUACCGGCACUUUCGUCCUCGACCGCUGUAGUCGACGACAACCUCCUGGCGGCGGUCGUCAUCCUCCGCUUUACCGAAGAAGUCGACCCUGGGUCUAUGAACCUCGAGUCGCAUCUGAUGGGCACGCGGAUCCUGUUGGCCGCCCAGGAGAAUGCUGCUGAAUUCAGCAGCUUGCGACUCUCUGCGUUUUGGCUCGCACUGAGGCAGGAGAUUUACAUGGCCUUUGUGCAAAAACGAGCCGUCCAUCCCAACUUCUUCCCUAGCAUCAGAAAGCUACUGGAACUGGGCGAAAGGGACGAGAAUGCCAUGGAUUGCUCCUAUGCCAACCGAGUCAUUGCCAUCUGUGCCACGUGCCUCAGUCACUGCUAUGGUCGAGAGAAUCAUCACAGAAGAAGCUACAUGCGGCUCAGGGACGACCUUGAUGCUUGGUGGAAGGGGAAGCCGUGGUAUUUUGAGGCAAUGUGGACAAAUCCGGAGACCAAGUUCCUUCCGGAAGAACAGUAUAUCACUGACGCCGUCGUCACCGGCUUGCAGAAUUACCAUCUGUCUCGGAUGCUGUUGAUUGCCCACAACCCAAAGGCCCCAAGAUACGGCGCUCCCUUUAGGGCGAUGGAAGGAGAACUGAAGCUAGCCGUUCGAACAGUUUGUGGUCUUGCAGAGGCCAACGAACGGACGGCUCCAGCUUAUGUAAAUGCGUGCCUGGCUAUAGCAAUGGCAGGAGGCCGGUUCACGGAUCGAGAAGAACAGGAGGAGCUAUACAGAAUCCUCGUCAAGACCGAUAGACGGCUAGGAUGGCCGACACGGGCAAUACAGGCCCAGCUUAGGGAAGCAUGGGGUUGGGGGGAUUCUCCUUCCCCGCCGAGAAUGCCGAUUGCUGGCAUCUUGAACGCCUGCGUACGAGCUGCAGAGGCGGACUGA